AAGAAACUUAAAAUAAAAUAAAAUACAUAUUUUUUGGACAACAAUCAAUUACCAGACAGCGAUUCUCACUUACCCUCUUUCUCUUCCUUCCACGCUUUUAGUUUUUCCUUUUCAAUUUUCUCACAAUUUCCCCUCCUGAAUUUUUCUGUAAUAUUUUUCAAUUCUUGUUAUUUUUGGAGAAAAUUAAAGUUUCGAUUUUUAUCCCAAGGAAGAACACCGUGGAGGAUUGUAGUUAGGGUUUCGUUGUUAAACCUCCAGCAAAUCUCAAUCCGGAGCAACAGAUGCUGUGGAGUUUUGCAAAAUCGUAGAAAGGGGAAAGGUUAGGGUUUUCUUGCGGAUUCGAUUUCGGAGGGGUUAGUCUCUGGCAACCAUGGCCAGCAACUUGCCGAUGAGUCCUCAGUUGGAGCAGAUCCAUGGUGAAAUCCACGAUAAUUUUCGAGCCCUCGCAAAUGGCUUCCAGAAGCUGGAUAAGAUCAAAGACUCCAAUAGACAAAGUAAACAGCUGGAAGAACUUACAGGAAAGAUGAGGGAAUGUAAAAGAUUAAUCAAAGAGUUUGACCGUGAAAUCAAAGAUGAGGAGAGCCGAAAUCCUCCUGAUGUGAAUAAACAACUCAAUGAUGAGAAGCAAUCUAUGAUCAAAGAGCUGAAUUCAUAUGUUCAAUUGAGAAAAACGUUUAUGAAUAGCCUCGGAAACAAGAGAGUCGAACUCUUUGAUAUGGGAGCAGGAGUUAGUGAACCAACUGCUGACGACAAUGUUCAAAUGGCUUCAGCUAUGUCAAAUCAAGAACUAAUCGAUUCUGGGACGAAAACAAUGGAUGAGACAGAUCAGGUCAUUGAACGCUCUAAAAAGGUUGUCGAGCAAACAAUUGAAGUGGGAACUCAAACUGCAGUUACCUUAAAGGGCCAAACUGAACAAAUGGGCCGCAUUGUGAAUGAGCUGGACACAAUUCAGUUUUCAAUUAAGAAGGCCUCCCAGCUGGUGAAAGAGAUUGGUAGACAGGUGGCAACAGACAAGUGUAUCAUGCUUUUUCUUUUGCUUAUUGUAGUCGGUGUAAUAGCAAUUAUUGUUGUGAAGAUUGUGCACCCUGGCAACAAAAACAUCCGGGUUAUCCCUGGAUUGGCACCACCUGCUGCAAGGAGGCUUUUGUCACUGAGUACUCUGCAACAGUUCGAAUAGUUUCCUCCUCUUUAACCAGAUUCAAUUUUUCUGAUAUAGUUACUAUGAUUUGUGUUCUGGGGGUGCAGAGGAAGCUCAGAGGAAUACGUUGCAUUGAUCGGUCUUUUCUUUUUAUUUAUACUUUCAUUCUUGGCUGAGUUGUGCAUAUUGUUUGUGAUUCUCUAUGUAAAUCACAUGCGAGUCCUUUUUUGCUUUGGUUUGGGUGGGGGCACGGUUCUUUCUGUAAUCUUUCCAAGAUUGUUUUAGGUAUAGAGAGAUGUACUUUAUUCUAUAUCUACUCACAUAGAGAUGUAUGCCCUUUCAAUCUGUAUGCAGACUAUUUUAAUUUCUAGUGAAUAUGAGAGCGGCUUGUUGCAAAAAAA